AUGAGCUACAUCCUGUACGGCAGUCGCGGGUCCGGCUCACUCGCGAUCGAGCUGGCGCUCUCCGAGGCGGGCGUGCCAUUCCGCGUCGAGGACACGAGCAUACAAGGCGCGGCGCAGCGGUCAGAGUGGUUCUCGGCAAUCAACCCGCAGCGCAAGGUGCCAGCGCUGCUGACGCCGCAGGGCGAGACGCUCACCGAGUCGGCCGCGAUUUUGCUGUCGCUCGAUGAGCGCCACCGAGAGGCGGCGCUACUGCCACCGGCCGGCACGCCCGAGAGGGCCCAGGCGCUGCGGUGGCUCCUCUUCAUCUCGUCGGAGAUCUACCCGCUGAUCGAGGUGAUCGAUUACCCGGAGCGCUUCGAGGCAUCGCCAGGCACGGCCGAUGCGACGAGGGCGCUCGCAAAGGCCAAGUGGCGCGAUCGGUGGCUCCUCGUGGAGCGCGCGAUCGCCGGCGCGCCAUGGCUGUUGAGCGGUGGCUUCUGCCUCGUCGACCUGUACAUCGCCGUCAUUAGCCGCUGGCCCAGCGGCGACAAGGAGUACCGGGCCGAGUGGCUGCCGACGAGGGCGCCGCGUGUGGAGGCGCUCGCGCGCGCGGUCGCCGAGCGAACCGCUUGCAAGGCGGUUUGGCAGGGCCACUUUCCGUCGCCGGCGGCUCAGCCGGCGGCCUCGGAGCUGGAGCCACCGGCAACGCGUGCUUCACCGCCAGCAGCAGCUUCACCGCCACCAGCAGCUUCACCAGCGACGCGCGCCUCACCGCCCGAGGGCCUUCCCUUCCACAUCCUCGACGUCUUCACCACCGGCCGCCCCAUGAGCGGCAACCAGCUGCUCGUCGACCGCAACGACACGCUCUCGACGGAGGCGAUGCAGCAGAUUGCGGCGGAGAUUGGGUUUGCAGAGUCGGCGUUCGUCCGCAGCCCGACGGGCGGCUGCGCGGCCACGGUGCGGAUCUUCACGACCGACGCGGAGGCGGGCCACCCGAUCAUCGGUCUGAGUGAGGUCGUCGGCAGCGGGGUCGACGCCAGCGAGUUCGCGAUGAUGACCAACAAGGGCCGGGCCGCGAGCCUCGCCCUCUACUUUUACGUGCGCACGGGCGAGGCCGCCGCGCGCACACGCAUGUUUUGCAGCGAGGGGGGGCGCUGGAUCGAGGACGUGGCGACGGGCUCCGCGGCUGGGCCGCUCGCCGCCCACCUGGCGCCCUUCCAGGGCACCUUCGUGCAGGGCUCGACGCGCCGCGCGCAUAUCGAGGUCAAGUCGAGCGCGCGGGAGGGGGCGAGGGCCGUGCAGGGGCAGCUCUCGCUGAUUGACAUCGCAGGCACGUCCGUCUCCAUGUUCCUGAGCACGUGGCGGCUGAACGUGGAGGUAGCACGCGUGUGCAGCCUCGAGGACACGGUGGCUGUUCGCGGCGCCGCUCAUCGCCGCUUUCGCGCUGGAGAUGUGCAGCUCUAUGAGCACAUGAUUUAG